AUGGCGACAGGGCCGAUUCUCAUCCCUCUGCUUUUCCAGACUGCUCCUGUCAACUCACGUUACCCUGUUUUCAUCGACGCACAGCAGUCUUGGAGAAGCGUACGGGGGUUCUUCGAAAAGAACUCUAGCAGGCUUAAGUAUCAGCGUGUGCUGGGUUUCGGUGGAGGGGGAAUCGCCCAGCUUUGGACCUUGAAUGGAGGCGAUGGAAAUCGCAUUAAAGAUGUCGUUGUCAAAUACCCUGUCACCUCUUCCAGUAAGAGCAAGGUCGAUAGCUUGAAGGAAGAGAUCAGGUGGAUGAAACGCGUUGAAGGGGCCGAACACAUGGUACGCCUCGAAAGCUUUAGCCCUGCGACGCUAGCACCGGGCACGUAUAACCAUGAGAAGAAGAGCCUUCCCAUCUUGAUCAUGGAAAAUUGCUCCAGGGGGAGCUUGGAUAUCCUGAUUCGCUGUGUAAACGAAGCCUGGGAUCUGAAUCAAUCCAUCACCAAUUCAGACGACAAGAUGCUAAUGUACAUACCGGAGCGAGUUCUGUGGAGGAUUUUCCUGUGUCGCUUGUGUUGCUAUGGCAAGGCGAUGAACGAAUACAGAAAAGGAUACAGGGAGGAGUGCGACCCCGACCAGCCGCCCCGGAAGAUUGUACACCUGGAUAUCGAUCCUGGGAACGUUUUCGUGGGAGAUCCUGAUCCGAAACCUUUACAUCCGGAACAUAGCACAAUACCUAUCUGCAAGUUCGAUUACGGGUGUGCUCGUGAGUGGGAUGAUAGCUGGCCCGACAAAGUGAAAACGGUUUGGGCUAGUUGGGGGAAGAAAGUUUACGCCGCUCCUGAGCAACAUAAGGCCAGGCGAGCCACCGCAAAGGACGGAAUUGGCCCCGCGACCAACGUUUGGGGCAUCGGAAUGGUUAUGUUCAAUCUCCUCACCACACAUGCCAUGGGCUACACUCGACGUGAAGCGAGGCGAGUCGUCAUCCCGGAUCCCCUUGGGGGCACGGUGCAGCUCAUGACAUAUGCAUGGCACAUCCUCAGUCCACCGGGCACUGACACGCAGACAGACCGGCCGUCGUUGCCUUCUCUUGUCGAGAGAAUCAAAGCGGCUAUAGACCAGGGUGACCGAAUGGCCGCCGCCCUGCCCAAGCCGCCCCCGCCUGGCGCAUCAUCACCGCCGCAGUCGACCCCGACAGGACCUCGCCGGUUGGUCACGUCGCCCGCGUAUAAUAGCGCACCAGUAACUCUAGUGCCUGGUCCAGCCGCAAUAUCCGCUAGUUCGGUCCCAGGCGCACCACUCAGUGCCCCUGCGGGAGCACGCGUAGGCGGAUCCGUGUCUCGCGUGGCGUCGUUGAUAGGAACUAUGACCUUCUCGGGCGUGACCCAGAGCAGGAGUGGGCCCGGUACCCCAGAUGCUGGCGCUGCGGCCCCUGCUGCUCUGCCACCGCCGCCGGGCCCAACCGACCCAGGACCUCCCGGACCUCCUCCGCCCGGACCGCCAGAGCAGAUGUGGGAGCCGGGAGGAAAGCCGCUGGUCGAGAAAGACGAGCUGGUCGACCGGUUCUACAGGCAGUUCCUCCGGGACGCGCCGCUGCCGAACGACAGGUAUAUAGAUAUCUGGCCUAAAACGCCGCUCACGCCAGAUGCACCGCCUGCCCCGGGACCGAAGGGUGGGGAUGCCGGGGCCGGGGCCGGGGCCGCGGGGGCCCCAUGGGAUGAUCCUGCCUUUUGGUGA